CGCGGCGGCGGCGGCGGGGGCGGGAUCGCAGCGCCGCGGAGCCGCCGCCGGGAGCACCCCCCGCGGCCCCCCGUGCGAGGGGAGCGGUGAGGGGGCACGGCGGUGGGGAGGAGGAAGAGGAGGAGGAGGAAGAGGAGGAGGAGGAGGGAGCGGUGCCACCGCCACCAUGUCCGGGCGCGGCCACAACAAGCUGCCGACCACCGAGCGCAUCGUCAAGGCUGUCCCAUUCCCUCCCACGCAGCGGCUCACCCUGAAGGAGGUGUUUGAGGAUGGGAAGCCGAGGCUCGACGUCCUCAAGAGCCACUUGGUGAAGGAAGGGCGGCUGGAGGAGGACGCGGCGCUGAAGAUCAUCAACGACGGCGCCGCCAUCCUGAGGCACGAGAAGACCAUGAUCGAGGUGGAGGCCCCCAUCACAGUGUGUGGUGACAUCCACGGGCAGUUUUUUGACCUGAUGAAGCUGUUUGAAGUUGGAGGAUCACCCAAUAACACCCGCUACCUCUUCCUGGGAGACUACGUGGACAGAGGCUACUUCAGUAUAGAGUGCGUGCUGUAUUUAUGGAGUUUAAAGAUAAAUCACCCCAAAACGUUGUUCCUCCUUCGAGGGAACCACGAGUGCAGGCACCUCACAGAAUAUUUCACCUUCAAGCAGGAGUGUCGAAUCAAGUACUCGGAGCGAGUGUACGACGCGUGCAUGGAUACCUUUGACUGUCUUCCUCUUGCUGCCCUCCUAAACCAGCAAUUCCUGUGUGUCCACGGAGGACUGUCUCCAGAAAUCACAUGUCUAGAUGACAUUAGGAAAUUAGACAGGUUUAAGGAGCCUCCAGCCUUUGGUCCAAUGUGUGAUCUGCUCUGGUCUGAUCCCUCGGAGGAUUAUGGCAACGAGAAAACGCUGGAGCAUUUUGCCCACAACACUGUCCGGGGCUGCUCCUAUUUCUACAGUUAUCCUGCAGUGUGUGAAUUUUUGCAGAACAAUAGUUUGUUAUCCGUAAUCCGAGCUCACGAAGCCCAGGAUGCUGGGUACCGAAUGUACAGGAAGAGCCAGACGACGGGCUUCCCCUCGCUAAUCACAAUCUUCUCUGCACCAAAUUACUUAGAUGUCUAUAACAACAAGGCUGCUGUACUGAAAUAUGAAAACAACGUCAUGAACAUCAGGCAGUUCAACUGUUCCCCUCAUCCCUACUGGCUUCCAAACUUCAUGGAUGUCUUCACAUGGUCUUUGCCUUUCGUAGGGGAAAAGGUCACCGAGAUGCUCGUUAACAUCCUCAACAUCUGCUCCGAUGACGAGCUGAUCUCGGAUGGGGACGAGACGUUGGAAGAUCACUACAUUUCAAGCUAUCCGAAAGGUACCCAGCUAGAAUUUGCUACGAGCUUAAUUUUCACUGCCUGUGCCACCAGAUCCUUGAAGUGGAUUUCCAGAGCUGACUAGUCGGGCAGGCUCUUCAUCCCCUUUCAGUUUUAACAUAAGCUCCAUGUGUUUUUAACCCUUCUGCGUUCCUCCAGGGGCCUGAGGAAUGGGGUCACGUUUCUACCUGAUUCUGAAUGCAGCCACGUAGUGCAUGGCUGAGCCAUGGUGCAUGUUAGACCUGGGUUUGGCUUUCCUGUCCUGAUGUGUACUGGGCCAUGUGAGGAAUCUCAGCUGAGAGGAGAUGGAUUUUGUUUCCCCCCUGUUUCACCUGGAUUUUUGGUUUGGUUUCAGUUCCCUCCAUGCUUUUUCUCUCCCGUCGGGUCCGUGGAGCGGGAGGGGAGUUCACCUCUCUCACCUUUGUGUUUGUGUGGGGUCCGAGCAGAGCUGCAAGGCCCUGGCCAGCCCUUCCCUGUGCUCCUUGGAUGCCAAAGCUGAUGCUUGCGUGGCACAGCAGUGCCCAUCAGCCAUCAGACCCCUCCGUGCUCUGCCUUGCAAAACUGUGUCUCCAUGGCUGAGUCAUUUGUGUCACAUCCUGUGUAGUGUGAGCCCACCCGGUGAGCUUCCAACAAAGACCUCCCCAGAUCCGUGUCCCUCGGUGGUUCUACUCUCUCUAGAGCUCUCGAGUCCGUGUCUCAUCUCGUUGGUGUUGCCCUUCUCACUGCCAUCCUGAUGCCAUCCUGAUGCCAUCCUCCAGCACCGUUCUCUCUCCAGUGUAGCUGUGAAUCUGUAAACCAUGAUUUCUUUUCCUGGAGUCAGGCAGGUGCUUCAUGCUGGCGUUCCCUGGGAAAGCAGGAAGCCUCC